AAACUUUCUGGAAGGCUGGACAACCCGAGUUCCAGAACACGUAUUCUUGCCAGGAAAGCACCCCGUCUGUCUCUGACCUAUAAAUUAUUAAAUAUAACCAAACCCUAAUAACCAGAAUCCCCAAGAAAAGUAAGAGAGGGAGACAGAGAGAGAGAGGGUAAGAGGGAGAGAAUGGCUCACAGACUCUCGGAUCACGAACAAGGAUCCGACCCCUCUUCGCAGCCGCGAUUCUACGACCCCUACCAGGGCAUCCAGUUUCCGAUCCCCGCUCGGAAUGUUUACCAGCUCCCAACGGGACCGCAGUACCUCUUCGACGAGGAGGCUAGCCGUAACCGCCGCGGAUGGAGCGAUAACAUCACCUUCUACACCGGCUGCGGAUACCUAGCCGGCGCAGUCUGCGGCGGCGUCUCCGGAUUGGUAUCCGGUGUCGGCUCCUUCGAGCCCGGGGACACCACCAAGCUCCGCCUCAAUCGGGUCCUCAACUCCUCUGGACACGCUGGCCGUGCAUGGGGCAACCGGCUCGGCGUCAUCGGCCUCAUGUACGCCGGCAUGGAGAGCGGUAUUGUGGCCCUCAGGGACACCGACGACGUAUGGAAUAGCGUGGCGGCUGGGCUUGGAACUGGCGCCGUGUAUCGGGCGGCGCGUGGCGUAAGGUCCGCGGCGGUGGCGGGCGCCCUCGGUGGAGUCUUGGUCGGUCUUGCCGUCACUGCAAAGCAGGGGAUGAAGCGAUACGUGCCCAUAUGAUGAUUCCGGCCAUUUGUUAUUUCGUCAUUUCAAGUGUUGAUUGAUACGGAAGGCCUAUGCACCCUGGAUUGGUAUCCCGCCUAUGCACCCCCAGAUUGGUCGGGAUACCGAACCUGGACAUCUGGUGCCAAUAAAAAAAAAAUGUUGAUUGAUAUGGCAGGGUCUGAUGUUGAGAUUAUUUCCCAUAUCUUAGUUCAUUUUUUCCUGAAUCAGAGUUGAUGGAUUGAGUCUUCUGCUAUUGUUACUUGUAAAAACAAAAAGUUAUCUGCUAUUGUUGAAUUUCUUGAUGGAUGUCCCAUUGAAUAUACUUUUUGAUGUUGCUCUUGAUUGCUA